GCACAGUGCCACAAGAGAGGAUCGUUGUGAAAGAGACAAUAGAAAUCAUUUUAUUGAUUCAGUGGCGUGCUUCAGAAGAAUUCGUAGAACAAGUUGUAUCGGUAAAGCGUUCAGUUGAGUGUGAAACACUGAAUUUUCCCUUGCGGUAGUGCUGCCAUUUUCCGCGCCACGAAGAAAGCCACACAAAAAACAGUAAUUGACCAAUCAACUAUAUUAUCUUAUAUCGACGGUGGCAAACGUGUUCGCCACGGAGUGAUUACGAGAAACGAUGAUUAUAGUGUGAUAACAUUUGGUGUUAUCAAAGGUGAUACUGCAGAACAAGAUACUUUUUCUUUCCGUGUAAAACGUCGGUCUUCGAUCCUCGCGAUCCUCGAAUAUUGGGAUAUAGCGAGCUCACACUCAUCGCAUCUCACCGCAGGUGCUCGCGGACCAACGUCGGUCAUUCGGUGCUCUGACGGCGAACCGGAUCGACCAACGGACCGAACCCGACCGGACAAUGCUGCUGAUCGACUGUUUCCGCCGGCCAUCGCACGAGCUGCAGACGAGGAAGAAGCAAUCCUCGAAGCAGCUGGAGCAGGUGCGACCACUAAUCCGCGAUCCCAUCAAGAUACUGCUGCUGGGGGCCGGCGAGUCCGGCAAAACGACCAUCAUCAAGCAGAUGCGCAUUUUGCACAUCCAAAACAGCUACAGCAUCGAUGAGCGGUUGGAUCGGUUGUCGGACAUUUUCGAAAACAUCCACGAGUCAAUCUACGAGCUGGUGCGGGAAGCGAUCCUUCACGAGCUGAAGUUUGAUUCGCUGGCCAACCAGCGAUGCGCGGAGUACAUCCUGCGGGUCGGCCGCCAGUCGCCCGAGAAGCCGUCGAUGGAGUACGUACAGUGUGUCCGCUCACUGUGGGCAGACCGAGGCAUCCAACGGUGCUACAAACGGGCCAACGAGUUUCAGCUGAUUGAAAGUGCCAAAUAUUUCCUUGAUCGCGUGGAAAAAAUCUCGAUGCCGGGUUACAUUCCGUCGAACGGAGACAUUCUGAACUGCCGGAAGAUAACGACCGGGAUCCAGGAGACACGGUUCAACGUGCGAAUGCCCGUCUCGCUUGGAGGGGGUUUCCAGGAGUUCCGCAUGUUUGACGUGGGUGGCCAGCGCCACCACCGGAGCAAGUGGAUGCAGGCGUUCGAGGGCGUUCAGGCGGUGCUGUUCCUCGUCUCGUGCGGUAGCUUCGACCAGACUUUGCGCGAGGACCCGAAACAGAACCGACUGGCCGAGGGCUUCGAGUUGUUCCGGGGCGUGUGGCACAACCGAUUUCUGGCCGAAACCGGUGUAGUAGUGUUCCUCAAUAAACAGGAUGUUCUCGAGCAGAAGCUACUGGCGGGCAAAUCGAUACGGACCUACUUUCCCGAGUACGACGAUUACGUGGCGUUCGCCGAUAAGGAUCAGCUGUACGACGAGCUGUCCCGCACGCGAUCCUUCAUUCGGUCGAAGCUAGUGGACAUCACGAACGAACCACCGCGGCGAACGUCCCAUCUGAUAGGAAGGAAACGGUCCUGCUUUUAUCACUUCACCGUCGCCACCGACACACAGAGCGUACGAACUGUGUUCAACGAAGUGCAAAACAUCGUACUAACAAAAAAUCUCUCCAGCGUGAAUGUGCUUUAGUAAGGGGUUCAGGUUGCUGCUCCCAACUUCUGUGAAUAUUUAUUAUUUGUCCGGCAAUGCAAUCGCUACCGUAGUGUCAGAAUGCAGCUCUCAUUUCUUUAGUAUUAUGUUCGACACGACGUUUGUGAUCAUUUGAAAUAGGAGUAGCCCCAGUUUACUGCUUGUUGUCUGUUAAUGCAAAUCUCAGAAAUA